UGCACCAGUGCUCGGGGUUAAAGGUUUGGUGCGAAGCUGAGCAGCAAUCCGUUUGCUGUGACAGCGGGCUCCGAGAACCGAUUUACCAAGCUGGAUUCGUCCGGUCAGCAAUGUGCGGAACCGACGUCAUGCACAGCUACCGUAACCGAGCCCGCCACGGUAACCACGGUACUAGCAGCUAAUCAUCGACCGGUGUCAGUGCAAAACACAUCCCGCCGCCAGCUUGAAUUAUUUCCGGAGAUGAACAUUUCCACCGAGUACGCACCGACGGACGGUAUGAGUCGAUCCUACGCACGAUCAACCUACCACAGCCGGUACUACACGGGGGGGCGUUCGGGUAGCCCGGGACCCGGACAUAUACCAACGUACGGUAGUGGUAGUGGAAUGGAUGGACCUCUAGCUGGACGUCGCCACCACGAUCACCCUCAUUCCACUGGGUCGGCCAUGUUGGUGGGCGGCUUUGGUGAGUCGGGUGGAUCGCUUGGCGGUGAAAAAGCAUUCUAUGCCCCACCUCCACUCGGUUCCGAUUCGUACGGUUCGCCGGGUCCGGAUGAAAGACACACACCGUACCUGGCGAAUUAUUACGGUGGGACCAACUAUUCCCACCAGGGUAUGCUGCGAAUGCCUCCCGAGCAUGGUGUUUACGGUGGAUGCUACGGAACGCCACCGGUACCGUGGUAUCAUCAGCAACAGGCAUCGUAUCAUCAUCAAUACUCCGGCCAUCAUCAUCAUUCGCAUCAGCAGCAGCAGCAACAUUCGUCCACUCCGAGAUGUUAUCCGAUGCCACCGGAACAUAUGUACAAUAUGUUUAACUUUAACAGAAAUGGACGCGAAGCGCGUAACCGGGCAGAGAAGAACCGGCGAGACAAGCUUAAUGGAUCGAUACAGGAACUGUCGGCCAUGGUACCACAUGUUGCGGAAUCUCCCCGGCGAGUGGACAAAACGGCCGUUCUACGCUUUUCAGCCCACGGAUUGCGGGUAGACUAUGUGUUCGGCAAAUCCAAACCAGAUGAAACGGUCAAACCAGAAGCCCAGGACUCACUGUUUCGUAUGCUGAACGGUUUCCUGCUCACGGUCACAUGCCGUGGACAGAUCGUGCUAGUCUCCCCGUCCGUGGAACAAUUUUUGGGCCACUGUCAGACUGAUUUGUACGGACAGAACCUAUUCAACUUAACCCACCCGGAUGACCACGCGCUGCUCAAGCAGCAGCUGAUACCGUCGAACCUGGUUAACAUGUUUGAAGGUGGAUCGCCCGGAACAAGCGGAACCAGCUGUUCCGGUCCACCAGCCCUACUCAGUCCAGGGGAAGGGACAAGCACCAAUGGUACAGAUAGUGGUGAGUUCCUCCGGACGCACGAUGAGGAGGAAGAGAUUGAUAAAAAGUUGCGCCAGGAUCAUCGUCGGUUCUCCAUCAGGAUGGCUCGUGCUGGACCACGAUCCGAGGCAACCACGUACGAGCUUGUUACGAUCGACGGAAGCUUUCGACGGGCGGACUCAGCACCCCGGGGUACCGAAAAAACCGGCGGUACUUCCGGUAUGCAAAUGAUACGGCGUGCCCGUGGCCGGGACGAUGCUAUACCGCUACAUAGCAUCAACGGGAAUGAUAUCGUUCUAAUUGGUUUAGCACGAGUGAUGAAGGUGCCAUCUAUCUGUGAUCGUUUGAUUGAGGCUUGCAAAUAUGAGUACAAAACACGCCACCUCAUCGACGGGCGAAUAGUGCAAUGCGAUCAGCGCAUAUCGAUAGUGGCCGGCUAUCUGACCGACGAAGUGUCCGGCCUGUCCCCGUUCACCUUUAUGCAUCGGGAUGACGUCCGAUGGGUGAUAGUAGCGUUACGGCAAAUGUAUGACUAUAAUCAAAAUGGUGAAUCGUGCUACCGGUUGAUGUCGCGCACCGGUGACUUUAUCUAUCUGAAAACGCGUGGUUAUCUGGAGGUGGAUAACGAUACCAAAGUGGUGCAGUCGUUCGUCUGCAUCAACACGCUCGUUUCGGAGGAGGAAGGUCAGCGGUUGGUGCGCGAAAUGAAGCGCAAAUUUUCCGUCAUCGUGGACAAGGUCGAGCUGCCGGAUGAGAGCGGCGAACCGGUGGUGGAAAAUCCGAAACAAAUCGAAGAAGCCGUCCUAAAUCUGAUCACCAACCUGCAGCCGGACAGUGAGGAUAAGCUGCUCAACACGAUGCCGGCCUCACCGGCCAGCAGCAUUAAGUCUGGUUUUGGCGAAGGUGCUCCUUUGGCGAUUGUGGCGCCGGAGAAAAAUUCCGUCAAGUCGGCGAUUGUUAAGAGCAUGAAUGUGGUGUCGAUCGCUGCGAAAACGAUGCGCGAAACACGCUGCUCUUCGAUGUCGGGUGACUGGUCACCGCUGAACGGUGAUCAGCAGAACAGUAAUGGAAGUAGUAGUACCAGCACUGGUAUCGGAAGUCCUUCUACUUCGUCGGUGGAUAGGGUUGGAUCGUCGUUGGAAGCUAUCGCGUCCCCUCCACCACCUUCCCUGUCGCCCACGGUAAGCGUAUCUUCGGUGGUCACGCAAAGGCCAACGGUGUUGCAAAAAACGGACCCUUCCACGCAGUUGCUGUCGGAGGAAACGGCUGUUGGUGCGAACGUGGAGCAGCGUGUACCACCGCUACCGAGCGCGGAACAUUACUUCACGCAACCAUUUUCGCCGAGUUCGGGCAGCGGAGGAACUGUGCCGGUGUCGCUGUUAUCGCCUGCCUCGUCACAUUACAGCCAGCGAAGCAGCAGAAGUCCGUUCGGUGGUUGUGGCAGUGGAAUCUCUUCUCCACCGGCGACGGUUCAUUCCGGAGGUUCGUUUGGCCAUCGAACAGCGACCGUGCUGAAGCGAACGUUCAGUAACAGUAGCAUCAGCAGUCUUAAUUCGCUGGAUAAUUAUGGCGAUGGCGAUGUUAGUACGGGGGACAGUAAGCGAACCAGAAUGAACCUAAGCAACAGCGAGUUGGCGAGCUGUUUUAGCGAUCUUAUCAAUCCGGGAACAGAUCUUACUGCUUUGCUGCCCAACUCAUUCGAAGCACUCGAUCAGUCUUUACUAACGAUGGAAACCACAACGACCAUUAUACGCGAUCGAGUAAGCAACUACUCAAAUCUACACGAAUCGCAGGACCGUUUGGAUAGGAUAGUGGAAGAACAUCAGGAACAGCGGGAAAUGUUACAGUCAAUUCAGGAAGAAUACCAACUGCAAAUGCAGUCCAACGGGACAGGUGAUGCAAUAGGACCGGUGGCAGCUGUACAUAACAGCGAUGCUAGCAGCGGUGGUGGUGUUGACCGACUAACAACCAGUACAACAACCGCCUCACAUCUGUACGGUAGUAGUGCCGACGCGAAUUUAAUGCUGUGCAAUUCAUUAACCGACGGUCCGAUGGGAGGACGUCGGAGAGUCAGUACGCUCACGACCACAACCACUACAACGACGUCAAUGAUGCCUUCCGUCAUAACAUCCAACGUUGUUCAGCGGGCACCGAACCAAAGGGGCAACGGGCGAACCGACAAGGAUGCGGGAAGUUAAUA